CAUAAUUUUUAAUUUAUCACAAAUAACGGAAAUAACAUUAAAUGUCUAUUCUAUCAUGAAUAAGAAUUUGCUGGUAUCAAAUUGGUUUCUACCAGUCUUACCAAAUGUUAGAAUAUAUGGAUUCUGAAUACUCAAAUUCAGCUCCACCAAUAACCUCAUUUUUAAAAUAAUACCAGCAUUCUUAAUCAAAUGAUGACCCAAGCUUGGCUUCAUGCUACUAUAAAGAUCAUCUUCAACCCUCGAACAGUAUCUUAAUUCUUUCCUUCAUCAGGACUUAUUCUAUCAAUAUCCAAAUUAAACCACUCCCAAUCCCUUCAAAACUCCACUCCUAACCACAUUACCCAUCCCCCAUACUAAUUUCCCUUCCGUCUAUCACCUCCCUACAACCCUUCCACCCCAUUUCCACCUCCAUCCCCAUAAACCCCAACCCCCCAACCCCUUCCCUCCCUUCCCUCCCUUACCCCCUUAUCCCUCCAACCCCUUCUAAAACCCCUUCCACUCCUAGCCCACCAGCACCUGCACACCUCCCUUUAAAAACUUGCAUCCCUCCUCAACCUACCAUUUCAUGGGAAAUUGGUGGGUGAAAGCCUGAUAGCUCGUAGGUGAACUGGCUUAGAGGAGGGUAAGUUAAAUUAUAGAUAAAAGUAAUUUUUCCAACUGCUAUUAAUUAAAACCCUACAUUUAUGAAAUAUUAGAACUAAGAGAAAUGAGCAUUCCAAGAGAAGUUGGUUCUCUUAAAAAAAAAUUCUUCAUAAAUUGAUUUCAUG